GGCGCUGUCCGACUCCCGGGAGGGGCGGAGGGAGCGCGGUCUCGGCCGCCGCCGCCUGCCUCCGCCUGCCUCCGCCUGCCGCUCGGGCCGCCCGCUCGCCCGCCGCUGGGUGCGCUGCACGCGGGGGGCAGCCGCGGUGCAGAGGUUCAUGCAGCGGCGGCGGCGGCGGCUGCUGCUGCUGCUGCCGCCACGGAAACAGACCGGGCGCUGCCGCCGCCACCCUCUCGCAGCUCCAUGCCGCCGCCGCCACCGCCGCCUCCUCUCCGGCGAAGGGCGGGGGGCUCCGGCCCGGGGUGGGCAGCACUCCUCGCAGCGCCGCUCCCCUCCCUGCCCUCCGCCGAGGCGCGGGUGCCGGCGAGAGCGCCCGCCGCCUCCUAGGAGCGCACGCUCCGCGCGCCCUUGCUAGAGCGAGGAGGCGGGCGUGGGCGGGCGUCGGGGCAGCCGCGACCCAGCGCGCGGAAGGGGAGGGGGCUUCCCCGGAGGAUGCCCCGCGGCGGCGGCGGCUCCUCGCUCUUAGGCGCUAGCUGAGCUGGACCGGGAGCGAGCGGCGCGUCGCCAUGCCGGCGUGACGGGCGCCCGCGGCUGCCCGCGCCGGGCCCCCGCGCUGCCCCACGCCGCGCCGCGCCGGCGCCGGGCGGCAGGAUGGGCUGUAUCCAAAGCAUCACCUGCAAGGCGCGGAUCCGGCGCGAGAACAUCGUGGUGUACGAUGUGUGCGCCACCAUCGACCAGUGCCCCACGCGCAUCGAGGAGACCUCGCCCAUCGUCCUGCGCUACAAGACCCCUUACUUCAAAGCCUCGGCCCGCGUGGUCAUGCCCCCCAUCCCCCGCCACGAGACCUGGGUGGUGGGCUGGAUCCAGGCGUGCAACCAGAUGGAGUUCUUCAACACCUACAGCGACCUGGGCAUGUCAAGCUGGGAACUGCCUGAUCUGAGGGAAGGGAGAGUAAAAGCCAUCAGUGAUUCAGACGGGGUGAGCUACCCCUGGUACGGGAACACCACAGAGACUGUGACCCUGGUUGGCCCCACCAACAAGAUCUCCAGGUUCUCCGUCAGCAUGAAUGAUAACUUUUACCCCAGCGUGACAUGGGCAGUGCCAGUGAGUGACAGCAACGUGCCACUUCUCACCAGGAUCAAGAGGGACCAAAGUUUUACCACCUGGCUGGUAGCCAUGAACACCACCACCAAGGAGAAGAUCAUUCUGCAGACCAUCAAGUGGAGGAUGAGAGUGGACAUUGAAGUGGACCCUCUUCAACUGUUGGGGCAACGGGCCCGGCUAGUGGGCAGGACUCAGCAGGAGCAGCCCCGGGUUCUGAGCCGGAUGGAACCCAUCCCCCCUAACGCACUCGUGAAGCCCAAUGCCAAUGAUGCCCAGGUCCUCAUGUGGAGGCCCAAGCGGGGGCCGCCCCUGGUGGUGAUACCUCCUAAGUAGAAGCGGACUGCCCAGCUGUGUGUUGCCAGGGGUGGCAGGAGCCAAACUGAGUUUCUGAGCCAAAGCAGACCUCUUGGUUUGCCAGCCUCUGCAGCUGCUUGUGAAGAGUCCAGCUGCUCCUCGGGUGGUAGAACCAUAACCCUUAGGAAAAGCCCCUUCCUCUUAGGAAUAAAGAAAUCACUGAUUUGACAGACUUGCUGUGAUUACCAUGCAAGUAGCCAUAUUUUGCAGCUGACCGGGAUGAUUCUUUUAUUUGAACUAUUGACCAUUUCUUUCCUGUGAGAUGCAGGGGAGGUAAAUGAAACUAAACAGUGCCUGUGGCGGAUGCUGCUUCCCAACCAAUUAGAAGCGCGCGUGGAAACAUCCACACCAGGUCUCCUAGUAGGACAAGGCAAGCCCAGCAUACAGAACCACACGGCAAGACACUGAGGAGGAGGAUAUGAGCAAUGGCUGGUGGCGCUAGAAGCUGACGCCCUGGACAGCUGAUUUCCUAUUUGAAAAGAGUGCCAUCUUGCCUCCCAUCCUGUGACCAGUACCUCCUCUCCCCACCGCGUGUGUCCAGCCAGGCCAGCUGGUUGGCUCAUGGAGGAGCUUUGUUAAAAUGGAAGUUGUGCCUGCUGCAGCUUUUGUGUGUGGAAAAAUCGAGUUCGCCCGCACCUCCUGCUCAUCCCCUCCUUCCACGUGAAGCCUCCCAAGGACAAGGCUGGCCAUCCUGGACUGAAGAGACCCCACACGGCCCAGCCCUGGCUCCCAAGCCUGCCUCCUCACCCCACACUUUUGGUGGGAAACAAGGAGAAUAUCUAUCUCCCCUUCUCCUCACUCUUCUCUAUGUGGAUAGCCAAUGUCAAUCAUCCUCUGAGGUUUCUCUACGGUCUUUGGAAGGCAACUGUUCGCCCUACCAUGGACAGGCUUAGUGCCUUCGGAUGUCCAAGAGCAGCCCUCACGUCACCAGGAUCAGUGGAGUGAGAGCAGAAUUUCCCCCAACAGGGCAAAAGUUGUCUAUGUUGUUUUCUUGAUUGUUUUAUUUAUUGGUAUUCUUCCCAAUUUAUUUAUUUAUUUAUGGGAUCUAUAUUUAUUAGACAUCAGGAAAUCUACUUCCCUCUCUCAAACAUCAGCCCCAGAUCUGUCUUGCCGACCCCUACAGAGCACAGUAAAUGAUUCCUCUUUGAAGCCACAAAAAAAAAAAAAGAGAGAGGAAAAUUCUUCUCCCUAGUCCCAAAUACUUCCACCCCAGCCAGCUUUUCAACCCAAAAUGGGAUCAGAAACUACCAGCUAGUAGCAAGCAAUCCAGCCCCACGAAUCAGCACAGGUCCAGCUAACCAGACGGAAAGUCAGCGUCUUCCAACCCCCUUCCUGCUUUUGCACUCUUUUCCCUUCUGCUCCUUCACAAACCCGUGCAAGACUGAGCAGCAGGCUCCAGCCUGACUGUUAACACUGGAUCUCUCCUUCCGCUCUGGUGCAGAAUGUUUGACACCAGAUGCACGUUAGCGCUGGGUCAGGAGCUCAAACCCACGCACCUGAUUCCCAUCUCAGUUAUCCGUCCUAGAGGCUCCAAGGAGCUGAGCAGCCGAGGUCUUCUGAGGAACCCAGAUGAUUCUAACUUGUCAAUGCAGUUGAUAGGAAAAAAACACCCUUCUACAUCCCUGUUCACCUCCAAGACCCCUUCCUCCUUUAGUUCACAAGCUUUCUCUAGAGUCCCCAUUGCUCCAGUUCUUUUUCCUCGUUACACCUUCUCCCCACUGGCACCAUCAACCUGAGCAGACCCAAAGGUUGACUGGUCCCGAGAGUCACACCUGAGGCUGAUGCUUGCAUUUGCCCUCUAGAAGCAAAUGCUCGUCCCCUGCCCAAGUUCACCUUCCAUCUGCACAUCCCCCCACCACCACCACACAUGCCUCCCUCCAAGAGCCUGAAGGUUCCAUGGGUUUCCCUGCCUCUCUGUCCCAAUUUUGAGGCAAAGCUUAUUCCGGUCUUUAUAACCCAAGGGUUGGCUGUUUCUGCAGAGCAACCUGAAUUACCCGAGGGCCCACUGGUGACAGGAAAGGGUCAUCCGUAACAGGAAAGUAUUGUCCCCCAACAGUCCCUUACCCAAUAACCUGACAGCAACCUGCCCGCUCCAGCCUCCAAAUCAUAGAUGACUAGAGACUUCUCACCUCUCACGUUGACGAGUUCUCAAACAAUGAAUAUAUAAGUGAAGGGGUGUGUGCGUGCACGCGCACAUGUGUGCGUCUGCGUGUGUGUGUGUGUAUGUGUCUGUGUGUGUGUGUAUGUGCUGUGUACCGCCUUCAUAUAAACGACGUGGACCUUUGAAGAUGCUGAACUUCCACUUUACAGUAUAGAACUUUACCUGAAAACAAUCAAGAACUUGUGCUGUCUUGCACUCGGCGGAUUCCCUGAGCACCUUUCCUCGAGGGCCCAAGUGAACGCCAUAGUAGUGCUCCCUGCAGAAUGCUGUAAUGUCUAAGAACUGUUGGGUGUGUUAGAGAGUGUGUAUGCUGUAUGCACAAGAGAGUGCCCCAGCAUAGACAGAGUCUGUUUUUGUGCCCCGCCUCCUUAGCAGCUUCCCAGAGCAAGUAGAUUUCUCCUGCAUUCAUAGCACCAUGCCGUCUUGCCCUUUUAAUCAGACUGUCCUGCACCAAGUCCCAUCUCUCAGGGUCCUGCUCUCUGAUAGAAAACGGUUCAGUCGGUGGGUGCUAAAGAGUUGAGUGUUACACUUCUUAGGUGACAUUUACCUUUUCAUUGGGGCUAUAGACGAUGCCUUAAUCUGAAGGAAUAGCUUGAAUGCUGGGAAUUCCAGGUGCAGAAGUGGGCCAGUAAGAGAGAUUAUUUUUAUCUCAGGAGGGCAUUUUAGAGCCUCCCCUUCCCCGUACCUAUCUUUAAAGUCAGCUCAUAAGUACAUGAGCAUGAGCAAGCACACUUACCUACAUCCACAUCCCAUAAUUUUGGAAUACCUCCCUUGCAUUGGACCCAUCUUUAAAAUAAUAAAAAAAAUGUAAAAAGGAACCAGCUAAAUUAGUUUAAACCUCAUUGGGAAAUGCAGCCUAUUUUUUCACUGGCCACCAACCAUCUGGUCUACCGCACCCUGUUCCAUUUCCUUCCUGCUCCUUCUCUUUUCUGCUACUGGCCUAUCAGUUAAUUAAUGUGUACAUGUCCUCUCUGCUCUCGCCUUGUUUCCCCCCUAAAUGGAUUUUCUUCCUUAAAAUUGUGUUGUUUUUGGUGUCGUCAAGGACAGAAGUGGAGGCUAAGAGCAUGAGCAUGUAUGUGUGUCGCUGAAGACAGAGAAGCCAGGUAUUCUGCUACAGUUUGAAGAAUAACGCCACAAAGGAAGAGAUGAAAGCUGGCUCUGCAGAGUGCCUUAACAAUGACUUUAAUUAGGAAAUUCUGAGUUGUCAGUCUUUGGAUGUUACAUAAACUCAAGUGGAUGUUGCAUCUCACUUCUCUGGGAUUAAAAAAAAAGUUAAAUACAGUAUGUAUUCAACAAU